AUGUAUGGAAUCAUUUGCAUAUCUUCACUGUACACAAAUGUACCGAUAAAGGACACAUUAUGUAUCAUCAGGGAAUUGCUGCUAAAUGAUGAUGAGUAUGACAAACUAAUGUCCUUAGUCGAAAAAAAAAAUAACGAUACGCCUCCUUUCCUAGACACUCCAGUGUCUCGCGACGGCGGUAACUUAUCAGUGUCAGUAUACCGCAAAUCAACUCAUACUGAUCAAUAUCUCAACCACACGUCUUAUCACCAAAUGUUCUGCAAAGAAAGUGUAGUGUCCUCAUCCCUGGACAGAGCAGUCAAUGUAGUCAGUGGAGAGAAUGACCGAAAGAAAGAUUUAUCUCAAAUAAACAACGCCUUACUUGCAAAUACGUACUCGAGACGAAGCAUUAAAAAGGUUGAAGAGAAAACCAGGAACAGAACUGAUAAGAACGGUGACAGGAAGGAUGCAGAUGAACCAGCAGCUAUAUAUACUGUCAUAUCCGAAAGUCAAAAUACGUUAAAGAGUAAAUGCAAUAUUUUCUACGAAAUCCCGUGUAAGGAUUGUGAUGCUGUUUAUGUCGGUGAAACAAAACGAAUGUUUAAACAACGUGUGCAAGAGCACAAAAGAGCCGUACGCAACGCAGAUACAGACAAAAAUGAGAUUGCGGACCAUAGCUGGAACAAUGAUCAUAUUAUUGACUGGGACAAUAAAAAGAUUAUAGACGAGUUGGACAGCAAGAAAAUUGAAAGAAACCAUAAAUAG